AUGCGUUUCUCCAUCGUCUCCUCCGCCCUGCUCUUCGCAGUCAGCGCCCUCGCCGCUCCCACCAGCGAGCUCGUCGCCCGCCAGUCCUCCACCACCUGCGGCAACAACUACUACAGCUCCGGCCAGGUCAACGCCGCGCUCAACCAGGGCUACAACUACUACGCCAACGGCCAGCAGGUUGGCUCCGGCGACUACCCACACACGUACAACAACUACGAGGGUUUCGACUUCCCUGUCUCUGGGCCUUACCAGGAGUUCCCCAUCAAGGAGAGCGGUGUCUACACUGGUGGCUCCCCAGGUGCUGACCGUGUUGUCUUCAACACCGAUGGCGACUAUGCUGGUGCCAUCACCCACACCGGUGCUUCGGGUAACAACUUUGUUGGAUGCUCUGGUACCAACUAG